GCAAAAUGCGUCGGCGGCGCGGCCGUCUUCGCCUAUAUAAGAGCCCCGGCCGCGAGCCUCUAUCCAGCACUUGGCUUGUCUCCGUAUCCAGCUCCGCUCUGCGCUCGCUCGCCAUGUCUGCGACCAGCCCGCGCUACCUCUGCCUGCUCGUUCUCCUCGCCUGUUGCGCGAUCCACUUCGCCUUUGCCCAGGUGACGUUCUCGAAAGGCUGGGGUCCGGGCAAACGAGAGGCUCUCAACGGCCCCGAAUGCCGCAACAACGCCAGGUCACUGGCUCUCAUAUUCCACAGUCUGCUGGCGGAAUUGAAACGCUCGAUGGCGUGCGAUCAUCAAGCUGCGGUGAAUUACCUGCAAGCGCAGAUCGGAGAGCAUUAGCACUCGGAAAGCCAGCGGCACUAGAGCCGCUGAAUUAGUGCCGACGCACCGCAGCGCGAUUAACAGCCUGUGGCCCCCAACCCCCCGAUCUCUCAGCUCUCUCAGCUCUCCCUGCGUCGCCGUGCGCGCGGGCUUGCGUCGCCUGUAGUCUACCACGCUCCUGUGUAGUUUCAUCGUGCUUCUUGUUAAGCGACAAUA